AUGGCCAUGGGUGAGGAGGCCGCGGCCACGGUCACGGCGGCGGCGACCUUGUCUGCGGCCCACUUGCUCAUCAUAUGCAACCCGUCGCAGGGCAACGUCAACCCCAUGCUGCGCCUGGGCAAGCGCCUCGCGGCCAAGGGUCUCUUGAUCACCUUCUCAUCGACCUCCGAUGUUGGAGCGAAGAUCACAGCCUCCUCCAGGGUGGAAGAUGGCGGCGACGGCGUGUCGCUCGGCCUUGGCCGCAUCCGGUUCGAGUUCCUAGACGACCAUUUCGACGGGAAGGAGGAGCUGAAGUUCAACGACCUGAUGACGCACCUGGAGACGGCCGGGCCGCCGGCGUUCGCGAAGCUGCUGAGGCGCCAGGAGGAGGCGGGACGGCCUGUCGCGUGCGUCGUCGUGAACCCGUUCAUCCCGUGGGCGAUGGACGUCGCCGAAGCCGCCGGCAUCCCCUAUGCGGUGCUCUGGGUGCAGUCCUGCGCGGUAUUCUCGCUCUACUACCACCACGUGCACGGGCUCUUGGACCUCCCGGCCGAGGACGACCUCGACGCUCGAGUCAAGCUCCCGGGACUCCCGGCGCUGUCUGUCACCGACGUGCCGUCGUUCCUGUUGCCGUCGAACCCCUACUGCUACAAGCUCUUCACCGAGGCGAUACUGAGGCAGUUCCGCGCCAUCCACAAGCCGUCGUGGGUGUUCGUCAACUCCUUCUCCGAGCUGGAGCGCGACGUGGUCAACUCUCUCCAGAGCGUCUCGCCGCGGCCUCCCCUGCUCAUCCCCGUCGGUCCACUCGUCGAGCUGGAGGAGGAGGCCGCCGUGCGCGGCGACAUGAUGAAGCCGGCGGACGAGUGCGUGGGGUGGCUGGACACGCAGGCGCCGCGCUCCGUCGUGUACGCGUCUCUCGGCAGCAUGGCGGUGCUGUCCGCCGAGGAGCUGGCCGAGAUGGCGCACGGGCUCGCGUCCACCGGCCGCCCCUUCCUGUGGGUAGUUCGGCCGGACAACAGCGCGUUGCUCCCGGAGGGUUACCUGAACUCCGUCGCCGGGCGCGGCAUGGUUGUGCCGUGGAGCCCGCAGGACCUCGUGCUCGCGCACCCGUCCACGGCGUGCUACCUCACGCACUGCGGCUGGAACUCUACGCUGGAGACGCUCGCCGCGGGGGUCCCCGUGGCGGCCUUCCCGAUGUGGGGCGACCAGUGCACGGACGCUAAGUAUCUGGUUGAGGAGCUCAAGAUGGGCGUGCGCGUCCGCGCGCCGCUGCGGCGGGACGCCGUGCGCGAUGCCUUGGAGAACGUUGUGGCUGGGCCCGACGCCGGCGCGAUGCUCGACAACGCCAGGGCGUGGAGCGCGGUGGCGAGGGCGGCCGUGGCGCCCGGCGGGUCGUCGGACCGCCACAUACAGGCCUUCGUGGACGAGUUCCUUAUUAGUGUUUCAAGUUCAAGAUAG